GAGUCUUCGGUGACGGCGCACCCAGCUGGCUGGCCCACCAGCAAGACUGAGCAGACGGCGGCACAGCCUCCAGCGAUGUGGGCGGCAGGAAAGGACCGGUGCGGGGCAGCUGCGGACCCUGCAGCGCUGGGUCCCUGGGCGGUGUUGGAAGUGCCUGCCGGGGAUGUGCCGGUGCCACUCCUUGAAUCACAAGACGAGAAACAGCAGAGAAUUCGGUGAUGAGGCCGCGACCCGGGGGCCUGUUGAAGCUGUGACGUUGAGCGAGGGGAGGUUCGCCCGCUGGAAGCCGGCUGAGGACCUCCGCUCUCCUCCUGGAUUACUUGGCUCCCAGGGCCUUGUCCGCCAGGACGGCCGUGGCCAGCCCUCGCCGCGCCCCUGCUCCCGCGUCUGUUGCUGAAGUUGGAUCUCGGUGGGAGCUGCUUUCGUGGAGAGUUUGAGCCAUUUGAAUCACUUGGAGUAGACGCAGCUAGCAAUGAGCUCCCAAAGCCACCCAGAUGGACUCUCUGGCCGAGACCAGCCGGUGGAGCUGCUGAACCCUCCACGUGUGAACCACAUGCCCAGCACGGUGGACGUGGCCACAGCACUGCCUCUGCAAGUGGCGCCCUCAGCCGUGCCCAUGGACCUGCGCCUGGACCAGCCGUUCGCACUGCCGGUGGCCGAGCCCGCGCUGCGGGAGCAGCGGCUGCAGCAGGAGCUCCUGGCGCUGAAGCAGCAGCAGCAGCUGCAGAGGCAGGUCCUCAUCGCCGAGUUCCAGCGGCAGCACGAGCAGCUGUCGCGGCAGCACGAGGCCCAGCUGCACCAGCACAUCAAGCAGCAGCAGGAGAUGCUGGCCAUGAAGCAGCAGCAGGAGCUGCUGGAGCAUCAGCGUAAACUGGAGCGGCACCGCCAGGAGCAGGAGCUGGAGAAGCAGCACCGCGAGCAGAAGCUGCAGCAGCUCAAGAACAAGGAGAAAGGCAAAGAGAGUGCCGUGGCCAGCACAGAAGUGAAGAUGAAGUUGCAAGAAUUUGUGCUCAAUAAGAAGAAGGCGCUGGCCCACAGGAACCUGAACCACUGCAUCUCCAGCGACCCCCGCUACUGGUACGGGAAAACGCAGCACAGCUCCCUGGACCAGAGUUCGCCGCCCCAGAGCGGGACGUCCGCCUCCUACGCCCACCCGGUGCUGGGGAUGUACGACACCAAAGACGACUUCCCCCUCAGGAAGACAGCUUCCGAACCGAACUUGAAACUGCGGUCCCGGCUCAAGCAGAAAGUGGCCGAGAGGCGGAGCAGCCCCCUGCUGCGCAGGAAGGAUGGGCCAGUGGUCGCCGCUCUGAAAAAGCGUCCGUUGGAUGUCACAGACUCUGCGUGCAGCAGCGCCCCGGGCUCCGGGCCCAGCUCGCCCAACAACAGCUCUGGGAACGUCAGCACGGAGAACGGCGGCGUGCCAGCCGCACCCAGCAUCCCCACUGAGGCCAGCUUGGCGCCCAGGCUCGUGACGAGAGAAGGCUCUGUGGCCCCGCUCCCUCUCUACACCUCGCCAUCCCUGCCCAACAUCACCUUAGGACUUCCGGCCACCGGCCCGUCUGCUGGCGCAGCGGCCCAGCAGGACGCCGAGAGGCUGGCGCUCCCCGCCCUGCAGCAGCGGAUCUCCCUGUUCCCCGGCAGCCACCUCGCCCCCUACCUGAGCACCUCGCCCCUGGAGCGGGACGGCGGGGCGGCUCACAGCCCCCUUCUGCAGCACAUGGUGUUGCUGGAGCAGCCGCCUGUGCCAGACUGGUAUCUUUCAGGCCUGGGAGCACUGCCCCUCCACACACAGCCCCUGGUUGGUGCAGACCGGGUGUCCCCAUCCAUCCACAAGUUGCGGCAGCACCGCCCGCUGGGGCGCACGCAGUCGGCCCCGCUGCCGCAGAACGCGCAGGCGCUGCAGCACCUGGUCAUCCAGCAGCAGCACCAGCAGUUCCUGGAGAAGCACAAGCAGCAGUUCCAGCAGCAGCUGCACCUGAACAAGAUCAUCUCCAAACCCAGCGAGCCGCCCCGGCAGCCUGAAAGCCACCCCGAGGAGACGGAGGAGGAGCUCCGCGAGCACCAAGCCCUGCUGGACCAGCCGUACCUGGAGCGGCUCUCUGGGCAGAAGGAGGUGCAGGUGAAGCAGGAGCCCAUUGAGAGUGACGAGGAGGAGGCGGAGCCUGGCCAGCGCCCGCCCACAGAGCAGGAGCUGCUCUUCAGACAGCAAGCCGCCCUCCUGGAGCAGCAGCGCAUGCACCAGCUGAGGAGCUACCAGGCAUCCAUGGAGGCCGCGGGCAUCCCAGUGACCUUCGGGGGCCACCGGCCGCUGUCGCGGGCACAGUCCUCCCCGGCGUCCGCCACCUUCCCUGUGUCUGUGCAGGAGCCCCCUGCCAAGCCACGCUUCACCACAGGCCUUGUGUACGACACGCUGAUGCUGAAGCACCAGUGCGCCUGCGGCAACACCAACAGCCACCCCGAGCACGCCGGGCGGAUCCAGAGCAUCUGGUCCCGCCUGCAGGAGACCGGGCUCCGCAGCCAGUGCGAGUGCAUCCGCGGACGGAAGGCCACGCUGGAGGAGCUGCAGACGGUGCACUCGGAGAGCCACACACUCCUCUACGGCACAAACCCCCUCAACAGGCAGAAACUGGACAGUAAGAAACUUCUAGGCUCCCUGACCUCGGUCUUUGUCAGGCUCCCCUGUGGUGGUGUUGGGGUGGACAGCGACACCAUCUGGAACGAGGUGCACUCGGCGGGGGCCGCCCGCUUGGCCGUGGGCUGCGUGGUGGAGCUGGUCUUCAAGGUGGCCACGGGGGAGUUGAAGAACGGCUUUGCGGUGGUCCGGCCCCCAGGACAUCACGCUGAGGAGAGCACACCCAUGGGGUUCUGCUACUUCAACUCCGUGGCCGUGGCCGCCAAGCUCCUGCAGCAGAGGCUGAACGUGAGCAAGAUCCUCAUCGUGGACUGGGAUGUGCACCACGGGAACGGGACGCAGCAGGCUUUCUACAGCGACCCCAGCGUGCUCUACGUGUCCCUGCACCGCUACGACGAUGGCAACUUCUUCCCGGGCAGCGGGGCGCCCGACGAGGUGGGCACAGGGCCCGGCGUGGGCUUCAACGUCAACAUGGCUUUCACCGGCGGCCUGGACCCACCCAUGGGGGACACCGAGUACCUGGCGGCCUUCAGGACGGUGGUCAUGCCGAUUGCCAACGAGUUUGCCCCGGACGUGGUGCUGGUGUCGUCGGGCUUUGACGCCGUGGAGGGCCACCCCACGCCGCUCGGGGGCUACAACCUCUCUGCCAAAUGUUUCGGGUACCUGACCAAGCAGCUGAUGGGCCUGGCUGGCGGCCGCAUCGUCCUGGCCCUCGAGGGAGGCCACGACCUGACGGCCAUCUGUGACGCCUCUGAGGCUUGCGUGUCUGCGCUGCUGGGAAAUGAGCUCGACCCUCUGCCCGAGCAGGUCGUCCAGCAGAGACCCAACGCGAACGCCGUCCGCUCCAUGGAGAAGGUCAUGGACAUCCACAGCAAGUACUGGCGCUGCCUGCAGCGCCUGUCCUCCACGGCCGGGCACUCCCUGAUGGAGGCGCAGAAGUGCGAGAACGAGGAGGCGGAGACGGUCACGGCCAUGGCCUCGCUGUCCGUGGGCGUGAAGCCAGCCGAGAAGAGACCCGAGGAGGAGCCCAUGGAGGAGGAGCCGCCCCUGUAGCGCUCUGGAAGCCGCUGUUUCCUUGUUUGUUUGUCUCUGUCUUGAAGCUCAGCCAAGAAACUUUCCCGCUCACCCGCGUCUGCCGCGGUACCCCCUCGAGUGCUGGGGGCGCAGGCGCGUGGCCGCAGCGGGAGCCCUUCUGCCGCCCACACGCGGGCCUGGCAGCGUCCCGCGGAGCACGGGACAGACACGGCAGCGAGCAGACACACGGACACGCGGAGGCCAGGCACACCGCCGGCUCCCAGGAGGGAAGCCGCCAGAGGCCUGCGGCGACUCGUGGCAGGGUUGCCGGGUUCAGUCGACGCAAGGAACAGAAAACGAAAAUCAAAGAUCUAAAAUGCAAAACAGACUUGAUCAAAACUGGUGCUUCAAGUUCGGUUAGGACCCACAAUUCCACAGUCUCCGUGUAAACCACUCAGCUCAUCUUGUAGCUCUUUUUUUUUUUAAGAGGAAGUUUUCUACGGCUCUGGCCGCCCCCGUGGCCCUCGGCGGUCUGCGGCGGGGGCAGAGCACUCGAACCUUUGAAGACAAAACCGGACAGAACCACAGUGCGAGCCCGGGGCGUCGGCUUCGGUUUCUCCAAGCCGUUGGAGAUGCGAGUUUGUGCCUUUUUUUUAUUGCCCGGAUGGAAUUUGUGGCUGGGUUUUCUCUGAGGAACAAUGCCUUAAGAUAAACUGAGCAGCGGGAAUCGGUGGGACACUUUCCUGUGGCCGGGGCAGCCCGGCAGUGCUGGCCGGACACGCGGCGAGCAGGCGCCAGCCGCCUCCCCCGGCGGCCCCGGCAGCCCCGGCGGCCCCGGCUCGCCUUGAUUGCUGUUUGAGAGGAAUGGAGGUCGUCCAGCACGCGGCAGCGCCGCUGGGGGCCGCAGCCCAGCGCGUCGACAGGAAUCCGAAGUGUUCUUGCCGCGGGCGCGCCCCGACCUGAGCACGUCCUAGGCACACUCGCAGUGUUGGGCCGGAGUGCUUUUUAUGAAAAGCAAGUAGCAUGAAGUAUUGCUUACAUUUUAGGUAUAAAUAAAUAUAUAUAUGUAUAAUAUAUAUUCCAAUGUAUUCCAAGCUAAGAAACUUGAUUCUUAUGAAAUCUUGAUAAAAUAUUUAUAAUGCAUUUAUAGAAAAAGUAUAUAUAUAUAUAUAAAAAAAUUAAAUGCAGGUUGGAAGGCCCCGGGGAGCGCAGGGCGCGUGCAUCAGCUGUCACGGUGCUCUCGCAGCAGGCUCAGCUCCAGGCCGGCCCCCGGGGCCGCCGCACAGCUGCCACCACACGGCGGGCCCACGAGUUUGUCCUUUGAUUUUAAUUAUUUUCUAAGGAAACCCCGUCCCUCCCAGCCUCCGUGCACAUAUGUACUUAAUGAGUUUUUAUAGCAAAGAAUAUAAAUUUGCUGUUGAUUUUUCUAUGAAUUUUUCAGAAACAAAGAUCCUAAUCAGCCUUGCUCUGUGGGUUCUCCGUUCUCCUACCAUCUGGCAGUCCCCAACAGCGACGACGUCUACACCUUUUUCUUUCCGUUUUCUACGCCUAUUUCUGUUUCUCGACUUUGCGAGGUCGUUUAUCGUGUGUUUCUGUGGACGCCGAGGCAGCAGGCGGCCGCACCAGCGAGCGCGGGCACGACCCCGACAGGCCCGGCGCUGUGCGGGAGCCGCGGGCCGUGUCCGACCGCCGCGUGAGCUCGGGGCCCUGUGCGCGGUCAGCAUUAAUGAAACUCCCCUCUAACCCCCGUGCAAGCCCAACCCCAGGUCUCCAAAGACCUUUGCAGCACGCGCAUGACACGUGGGGCCGGGCCCGGGCCCCGGGCUCUGGCGCCCACGGGGACAGCCAGUAACUGACCGUCACCUCUUUCCCAGCACUUGAAGCCACUGAUGUCAUUCCAAAGUGUCUCAAGUUAGACUGGCGGGAGGGCGCGCGCCGGCCGGGUUGCUGGGUUUGUUCCGUUCACAGCCGGCUUUGGAGCGGGCGCCGGCCUGCGGGGUCAGCGCCGAGCCCCGGCCGAGAGCAUGGCCGGACGGUCUUGGGGGCUGCCUGCCGCGCCCCUCCCCGCUGGCCGCUCUGCCCGGGAGCCCCGGAGGCGCCGGUGCUCCCUUUGUGCCCGGCCAGCAGCCCCGCGCUGCCCCCGCGCCUCGUGGGGGAGGCACACAUCAUCUCAUUGGUUUUGUUUUUGUUUUUUUUAACAGAUGAUAAGGGCCGCGGGGUGGUGGGCAGGCUCUGUCCGGAGGGCUCGCGGGCUGUCCCACGGGCAGCCCCCGGCCGGCUCACUCCAGUCCCCAGGUUGCCGAGAGCAUUACCGUGUAGCCUUUUUCUUUCCUUUGCAGUCACACGUGGGCUUCCCCACGCGGUGCCCAGGCGGACGGCGCAGGGCCGGGGAGGGCGUGCAGCCUGCUCCCUCUCGGGUUCUCGGCCCCCUGUCCCCGCCUGCCUCUUCCUUUGCAAGGCCUUGGGGGGGCACCUGCCGGACGCCGGCGCAUGAGCACUUUACGCCCCUCUGCGGGGAGCCCGCGGUUGCAGCGGGCACGCAUGGCUUCCCCCCGUGCCCGCGCCCCACCAGCAGGUGGCCACGCCUGCGUCGCGUGGCUCCAGUGGACAGGGCCACUUUGUUGAAGUGUCCGGGUUUUUCUCUCCUCCUCUCACAGCUCUGUUGUGCAGAGGAAGGCGGCCGGGGCCCGGGCCCGCGGCGGGCGGGCACCGCUCUCUCCUCCCCGUCGGAACAUUCCUGCCCGCGCCCACCCCACGGUUCCUCCCUGGACUCUCGGGCGGUGGCACCUGUACAAUACAGAGAGCAAGCUGUACCAGUCUCUUUUUCUAAGCCGCCUCCCGAGCCUGCAUGAGCGACGGCCGGCCUGGCUUCAGCGCGCACGGAUCGCAGCCGCCCCCGCGGCUCGGGGGACACGGAGAGGCCUUCCCCCCUCUGGCGACACCUGCCGACACGGAAGACGGGGAUUUUUUUUCUGUCAAAACCUUGAAGGAGAGGAGGGUGGGGUGGGGGGCAGUUUGCAUCUUACUGAACUUAUUCUUAAGAAAUUGUACUUUUUAUUGUAAGAACAAAAAGGACUCCAGCACUUGUCGUUUCAGACACCACUUACCUAGCACUUGUGACCGACCAAUGAUCGAGUUUUAUUGUAUUUACGUGGAAGCAGUGUUUGGGGAGACGGCGCCAGCCCGCGGCCAGCCGCCUGCCGGCGAGCGGGAGCUGUGUUUGUGUCGUCCGUGCGUCUCCUCCUCUCCCUCCUCCCGCGGGCUCGGCCCAGCCCGGCGCCCUCCCCACCCGAGGCGGGAGCCGGCGGCCGCGCGCGUUCGGUUUCGUUUCUUCUUUUUUUUUUUUUUUCUUGGUGUGCGUGCUCCACAGCGGAGCCGCCAAUUUGCAGUUGAGGAGGAGGGCGAACAUACAUGAGACACGCGUGAUACCUACGUGAUACAUGUAAAUACAGGAGCGGGUUGGACUUCUCCGCCCACGCGCGCACUGCGGGCUGGGAGAAGGCGGAGUCGCGCUUUGUGACCGAGUCGUCCUCUUCUGCUUGUCCGACUUCCCCGGGGGCGCGCGCCCUCAGCACGGCCAGGUUCUGUUUGGUUUCUCGUCCAGGCUGUGCUGUGUGGGUCGCUGCUGCCACCU